UAGUGACAAAUUGAAGCCAAGCCAAGUUAAACUGCCGAGUGCCGACUUACUGAGGACAAACUGCUAUCGCAUUCAUGUACAUACUCGUUACUCCACCAUAAUUUAUUAAAUUUCAAAGAAAAAUUUAUUGUGUACUUGUUCUGUAAUAAAGAAUAACUAUUAAAAACGUAUCGUUUUAAUUCUGCCGCAACCUUUAUAUUUGCGUAUACACGCACUCGGAUACACUUAUAUAUACGUUAAGUAUAUUCUUUUGCAGAAUGUACGAUGAUCCGCGUAGCAGCACUAGCAGUGAACGUAAGGUUCCAAAAAAACAUAACCUCAAUUUCUUUUCCGUCGGUAUUAUUUGUAUUUUGUGUCUAAUGCUUAUCUUAACUUGUUUGUGCAUUACAACUUCUGUAAUAUUUUUAAGACGUCGAGCUAGUCUUUUUUUUCCUCUUCUUGGUGAAUUUGUGGGAUCAAGCCAUCAUUUAGUGGGACAGUACAGCGAUAUGGCUGGCAUGGACAAGAAUUUUCGAUUAUCUCAAUCGGUGAGGCCCUUGAAUUACGAUCUUUAUCUGCAUCCAGAUAUAGAAAAGGGCACGUUUACGGGAAAAGUAUCAAUUCUCAUUGAUGUCUCAUUGAAUCGUAAGCAUUUGCAAUUACACCAAAAAGAUUUGAAUGUUACCGUUGUCAGUUUACAACCGCACGGAAGCCAAGAAGAUGAUGGUAAAGUGGUGAUUGAAAAAAGUUACACGGACAAUGAAAAUGAGAUUUUUAAUAUAGCUUUGAGGGAAGAAAUAAGCUCAGGUCUGUAUAAUCUUUGUUUGUCGUUUGAGGGAUCGCUUCAAAAUAAAAUUGUCGGCUUUUACUCAAGCAAGUACAAAGAUGAGGCAAACAAAACAAGAACCAUUGCCACGUCAAAAUUUGAGCCAACUUACGCCAGAAGAUGCUUUCCGUGCUUUGACGAGCCAGGAUUCAAGGCAGAGUUUGAAGUUAAGCUUGUACACCCUAGUGGAGAUUGCUAUCAUGCUUUGUCUAAUAUGAACGUCAAGGACCUUAUGGUGGACAAACCAUCAGCAGGAUUGACCACCGCUGUAUUUGCAAAAACUGUGCCAAUGUCGACGUACUUGGCCUGCUUUAUCGUUAGUGACUUUGUUGCAGUAACGAGAAAAGCAAAUGGACUCAAUGGACGAACUUUCCCUAUCAGCGUAUAUACAACUAGAACUCAAAAAGAAAAGGGAUCGUUUGCUUUGGACGUUGGCGUAAAAAUCAUUGAAUACUAUAUAAAUUUGUUCAAAAUUGAUUAUCCUUUACCAAAACUGGAUAUGGCAGCUAUUCCGGAUUUCGUUUCUGGUGCAAUGGAAAAUUGGGGGCUUGUAACGUACAGAGAAGCCAGACUUCUUUAUAGUAAUAAAUCCACAUCCACAGAAAACAAAGAGGCUAUAGUUGGUGUAAUUGGGCAUGAAUUUGCACACAUGUGGUUUGGAAAUUUGGUAACAAUGGCAUGGUGGAACGAUCUUUGGCUCAAUGAAGGCUUUGCAACUUAUAUGACGUACAAGAGUGCAAGCGCAAUAUUUCCCGAGUGGCAUUUAAUGGACCAUUUUGCACUCCAAGUAUUACAUCCCGCUUUAAACUUUGAUGCAAAAAAAAGUUCACAUCCCAUUGUUCAGGAAGUCAAUAGUCCCGAUGAAAUAACGGCAAUUUUUGAUCUUAUUUCUUAUCAAAAGGGAGCAUCAAUCCUACGUAUGCUGGAAAGAACUCUGGGUUCUGAUACUUUUUUUACUGGAACAACGAUGUAUUUAAAGAAAUUUUCGUAUGGGAACGCAGAAACUAAAGACUUUUUCAACAUGCUGCAGAAAAAUGUUAAAGAUCAAGUAAAUAUUCAAGGUUUUAUGAAUACAUGGACGAUUCAAAUGGGCUUUCCCGUAGUAAAUGUUGCUAAAGAUGGCUCAAAGUACACUUUAACGCAGAAAAGAUUCCUAUCAUAUGCAAAUGCUAAAUGUAACGAGUCGGAAUCUAAGUUUGGUUACAAGUGGACAAUUCCAAUAACUUAUGUAACCAGUAAAAAUUCUACUCCAACGUUGAUUUGGUUCGACAAGGAUGCCAGUAAUCUAACGGUUGAAUUAAACGAGCCUGUUGACUGGAUUAAAUUCAAUGCCGAUCAAGUUGGAUAUUAUCGAGUCAAUUAUUGCGCAUCUGGCUGGGAAACUUUGCUCAACGUUCUCCUUUGGAGUCACAAGCGUUUCUCCAUUCAAGAUAGAACUCAUUUACUCGAAGAUGGUUUCAGUUUGGCCAACGCUGAACAAUUAGAUUACCUCAUCGUCUUGAACAUGACACUUUAUUUGGGCAAUGAAAAAAAUUAUCCACCAUGGUAUGUUGCUGCGAGUAAUUUCAAAUUUAUCGAUUCGUUACUGUCGUCGACUACAUUCUUGCAAAAGUUCCGCGACUAUGUAAGAGAACUCGUAGACGGUGCCUAUCACGAUGUAACAUGGAAUCCCGAUGAAUCGGAAGAGCCGGAAACUUCGAACUUGAGAAACACCAUUUUGAGUCUUGCCUGUUACGUUGGCCAUGCCGAGUGCUUAGAAGAAGUCGGGGAUGUGUUUAAGACCUGGAUAAACAAUGAAAAAGAUGUACGACCUCAUCCAGAUAUUCGCGACCUUGUUUAUUAUUAUGGCAUGAAUUCCGUUGGAGGCGAGCAAGAAUGGAAUGUCAUGUUUGAAAGAUUUACCAAGGAGAAUAAUGCAGCAGAAAAAGUUAAAUUAAUGAAAGGAUUGGCGGGUAUUCGUUCAAAUUGGAUCCUGAAAAAAUACAUAAACUUGGCAAUGGAUGAAAACUAUAUACGAUCGCAAGAUGCCCUCAAUUGUCUCUCAAGCAUAUCUAACAAUCCGGAAGGUAGACUUUUGGUGUGGGACUGGGUGCGCGAGAAUUGGCAACUGCUCGUAACUCGAUAUACUUUGAACGAUCGCUACUUGGGACAACUGAUACCCGCUAUUACUAGAAAAUUUUCCACGACUAUAAAGUUGAACGAAAUGCACAGCUUUUUCGAAAAGUAUCCCGAGGCUGGAGCGGGAGCUUCCUAUCGAGUUCAAGCACUGGAAACUGUCGAAACAAAUAUUGCAUGGCUCGAGAGAAACAGCAACCAGAUCAACGAAUGGCUCGAUUCGAGGCCAACGCCGAAACACAAGAGCUAAAAAGAAUGGAGUCUUUUUCCGCAGGUGCCUUUUUUAUUUAAUAUAUAUCACAUAUGAUAAAAAUCAAUAAACGCAAAAAAAAAUUUUU